UCUGGAGGCCGAGCCGCUUGGGUAUCUCUGCGUUGCGCUCUUCCCCGAGCAGCUGUGUGUGGCGGGUGUUCGCGCGGUGGCGUCUUUGCGUUGCUGAUAGCGCUACCGAUGACUCCGAUGCACCGGCGGUCUCAGCCAUGCCCAGCCUCAGAGUAUGCUCUGAAGAGGCAGCAGUGGAGCUCUCAGUUCCUGGACCAUCCCCUUGGACCCCUAGAGCCCAGGCCUGUGUGGAGUGAUGCUCCUGCCAAGACCCACCCUGGAUCUGCACUUCACGGUUCCCUCUGUUGUGGUGACGCUGAGCCAGGAGCCACCUCCCCUCACCAUCAGCAGCCAGGCUGGGACACCAGGACUAAGGGCCAGGAGUUUGUUCAGAAGGAAGACACUUCUGAGGAGUUGGAAUCACAGGUUGAAAUAUCAGACAGCUCUGGCAGUGAUGCUCCCCAGACACCUGAGCUUGGAGGACUCCGUGGUGGUGCAGAAGAAAGAGACUGGGGGGUCCUUGAGGAUGAGAGGCAGAUGCACCGCCCUCACCAGGAGGGGGCGUUCACUCUAGUGCAGAUGCUUCUCAGGAGCCCCUCAGGAGCGAGAGAGGUGGACUGUGAUGAAAUCAAGAGCAGCUGCAGCCGGAGCCCAAGCCCAGUGGAGUGUCAGGGGCCUCCUGCAGAGGGGAGGCCCCAUCCAUGUGGCAUACAGAGCCUGCCCUGCAGCCUGGACCUGCCCAGCUGCACAGGACUUCACGUGGCCGAAAGCCCGUUCAUAUGCAGCGAGUGUGGGAAAACCUUCCAAGGAGACUCCGAUCUUACUCAGCAUCAGACAGUGCACCCUGGACACAAGUCCUUCAUCUGUAACGAGUGUGGAAAGCUCUUUAGCACACACACAGUCUUCCUCCAGCACCAGCUCACCCACCCUGGGGAGAAGCUGCAUGUGUCUUCUGAGUGUGGGAAGGCCUUCUGCCAGAGCCCCAGCCUUAAAAAGCACCAGAAGUCCCAUGUGAGCGAGAAGCCCUAUGAAUGCAGUGAGUGCGGGAAGACCUUCAGGCGCAGCUCCAACCUCACCCAGCACCAGAGAAUCCACUCUGGCGAGAAGCCGUACGUGUGUCAUGCCUGUGGAAAGGCCUUCAGGCGCAGCUCCAACCUUGUCAAGCACCAGAGGGUCCACACAGGGGAGAAGCCCUUUGAGUGUACUGAGUGUGGGAGGGCCUUCAGCCAAAGCUCACACGUGAGGAAGCACCAGAGGGUCCAUACCGGGGAGAGGCCUUACUCAUGUAGUGAGUGUGGCAAGCCCUUCAGCCGGGUGUCCAACCUCAUCAAACACCACAGGGUCCACACGGGGGAGAAGCCCUACAAGUGCAGUGACUGUGGGAAGGCCUUCAGCCAGAGCUCGAGCCUCAUCCAGCACCGGAGGAUCCACACCGGGGAGAAGCCUCAUGUGUGUGCUGUGUGUGGCAAGGCCUUCAGCUAUAGCUCGGUGCUCCGAAAGCACCAGAUCAUCCACACAGGGGAGAAGCCAUAUGCGUGCGGCGUCUGUGGGAAGGCCUUCAGCCACAGCUCUGCACUCGUGCAGCACCAGGGUGUGCACACGGGUGACAAGCCCUACGAGUGCCGCGAGUGUGGAAAGACCUUUGGCCGCAGCUCCAACCUCAUCCUGCACCAGCGGGUCCACACGGGGGAGAAGCCCUAUGAAUGCACUGAGUGUGGGAAAACCUUCAGCCAGAGCUCAACUCUCAUUCAGCAUCAGAGGAUCCAUAACGGGUUGAAACCCCACGAGUGUAACCAGUGUGGCAAAGCCUUCAACCGGAGCUCCAACCUCAUCCACCACCAGAAGGUCCACACUGGAGAGAAGCCCUACACCUGCGUCGCGUGUGGGAAGGGCUUUAGCCAGAGCUCGCACCUCAUUCAGCACCAGAUCAUCCACACGGGCGAGAGGCCCUAUCAGUGCGGUGAGUGUGGGAAGUCCUUCAGCCAGCGCUCCGUUCUCAUCCAGCACCAGCGGAUCCACACUGGGGUGAAGCCCUAUGACUGCACGGCUUGUGGAAAAGCCUUCAGCCAGCGGUCAAAGUUGACCAAGCACCAGUUGAUCCACACCAGGGAGUGAAGCCAUCGCAGCUUCACCCUGACCCCCUGGCUGUGCCUCACUCUCCCUCCACAGACUUGAGGUGGACUCACUCACUUCGUCCACUUCAUGGUCACCGCCCAUGAGGCCACCGUCCACAGACUGGGGACCCUCUUGUGGGUCGUGCUCCUUCUCCCAAGUCCCCUGCCAUCACCCUUGUCUCCUGUGAGCUCAUUUCUCUUUGUUGUUUGUUUUUCCAGUUUGUUAUGAGACAGCUGUACUUGUUAGAAGGGAAAGGAUUAUAGAGGCUGUGCACUCAUCCAUAGAGUUUAUUACUGUAAAGGAACAUAACCAAGAAAGUAAAUGACAUUUGGUUUGAGACAA